GAAAGAGAAUGGAGAGACUCUUCUCAUGGGAAGGUCCAGCAACUCAUCUCACUAUCAGCUGUCGUCGAACAGAUUGGUCAGCCGAGUUCAUGUUCACGCUCGGUAUAUCCCCGCCACGGAAACGCUUGAGCCCAACAAGGUCGAGAUUACGUGUACGGGUUGGAACGGUUUAAAGUUGCAUUGUCAAGGGCAGACAUGGGAGCUGGCAAAAGGCGAUUCCUUCACUUCGGAAACCGAGGGUGCGGAGAUUAUGAUCGAUGUUCAUGACACUAGGGUCCUCGUGCAAUGGCCGUCGCGGGAGAAGGAUCGGGACUCGUCGGCCCCCUUGAGCGACUCUUCGUGGGAUGAGACACCGAGGCCAAUGCGACGUGGCCGGCGACCAGGCUCCGACUCGGACGAGGGCAGCCCCAUUCGACGACCGAGACGUAUCAGCAGCCCCGAGUCACCUACACCCGCCAACGGAUCGACUUCCAAGGCCGACCUGGACGACUUGCUGUCAGACAACGAUGAUGAUGGUGCCGCCGUUGAGAUCUAUGAGGACGAGGAGGAGGAUGAGCAGGAACUGCCCAAGUUGACAGAUACGGGCAGGGGAGAUACUACCUUGAUCACCAGCGUGGACCAGAGCUUUUCCAUUUCGAGUGACUUGAGCGAUCCACAAUCAGAUGAGGAUUACGCCGACCAAGAUCCGGAUGAGGAGAAUGACCCCAUCAUUCCUUCGUUUGGUCCCUGCGGCGAGAACCUGUCCAGCCGUCUCGAAUCCUUCACCACCGCCACUUCACCCCCGAGAGCCCGAACUCCCGAUCGCGACUACAGUGGCAGCUCUGAUGGAGAGCGGGCUGGUAGUGUCACCCCGAAGCCUCUGAAGUCGUCAAGCGAGAACGUAGCAGGUGCCUCUCGGCAGGCCUCUCCCACUCCGGCUCCUCGCUCACCAUCACCCGUCAGCAGGCUCAGCGAGGAACUGACAGCGACGAUUUCGAAUCAUGUCAUCAACCAACUCGCCUUCUCCAGACUGUCUUCCACGCCUUUGUCGACCAUUAUGAACAAUCUUCCUGCGGAUGAUCGGAGACAGGUGACCAAGGAUGAAUUGCGCAGGCUCAUUGAGGCAACAGCUUGUAUCGGUAUCAUUGAACGCCAGGGCAAGGAUGCUGCCGGUAAGCCGCUUGAAAGCGAGUAUUAUUAUGUGCCCGAAUUCGACACGGAUGAGCACCGUCGCCUGGCUGUGACGGACGGCUUGCGGAAGCCUAGCUUGAGGGCCUGCCGCAAGCAGCACAAGCAAUACUAUUGGAAGAAACCUCGCACUCCCUGAUGGUAUCACCACAGCCGCCCUAUCAUCAUCACAUCACCCCACCUCCCCAACAUCCAUCCAAUAUCCACCCAACACCCAUCCAACACCCUACCCAUACCCAUUGUGCCAUGUUUUCUUCCCCGAACCCGCUAUGGCGUUAGGUUGUCAAGGCGUCUACUACGGGGAAUCGCUGUUUGUGUUUU